CUCCUCCCUGCCUACUUUUAAUAGCUGCGUCAUGUGACGGAGAGCAGUUGUAAGGCAGGUGCCCCUCGGUUCAUUCUCAGUGAGGGGGCACUUCCCUGCACGACAGCACCAUCGGGAACUCUUGGAUUUUUUUACGUUUCCUAUUGAUUUUUAUUAUUAUCUUAAUUCUUUUUAUUAUUAUUAGAUUUUUUUUCUCGUACCGUCAUUCAGUGGCUGGAUGGCGUGGGACAGGUGCAACCAGGAGUCGGUGUGGACGGAACUAGAGUGUGCUGCUUUGGUUGGGGAAGACCAGCCCCUCUGCCCUGACCUACCUGAACUGGACCUUUCUGAGCUGGACGUCAGUGAUCUGGAUGCAGAUAGUUUUCUGGGUGGACUCAAGUGGUACAGCGACCAAUCAGAAAUCAUUUCCAGCCAAUAUGGCAACGAGUCAUCCAAUCUGUUUGAGAAGAUAGAUGAAGAAAAUGAGGCCAACUUGCUGGCAGUGCUCACAGAAACCCUGGACAGUAUCCCUGUGGACGAGGACGGAUUGCCUUCUUUUGAAGCCCUGGCAGAUGGGGACGUGACCAACGCCAGCGAUCAGAGCUGUCCCUCCACCCCCGAUGGCUCACCACGCACCCCAGAGCCAGAGGAGCCCUCCUUGCUAAAGAAACUCCUUUUGGCUCCACCUAACUCUCAGCUCAGCUAUAAUCAAUACCCAGGCAGUAAGGCACAGAACCAUGCAGCCAGCAACCACAGGAUACGACCAACACCUGCUGUUACCAAGACAGACAACCCCUGGAACAGCAAACAAAGAGGGGUCUGCCCCCAGCCAAAUCGGCUGGUGAGACGCCCGUGCACUGAAUUGCUCAAGUACCUCACUGCCAGCGAUGAUGCCUUCCAGACGAGAGCCAAUGAUGCGAAGAGCACCUGGUCAGGCUGCGACAAGGACAGGGGUGGGCCUGGUACCUCCUCCUGUUCGUCGUCUUCCUCUCCAUCUUCUUCAUCCACCUCCUCCUUCUCCUCCUUGUCCUCCUGUUCCUCCUCUACUGCCUCAAAGAAGAAGCCCUCCUCUGCCUCCCUGUCAACGCAGCAGCAGCAGCAGCUGGCAGUGCAGGCCCAGAGAGGUGAGAGCCAGGCAGCAGGGGCAUAUAGUGUGGCUGGUGAGGGGGCAGGGCAGUGGCGGCCUUGUACACAUGGGGAGCAGUCCACCCCUGUUGUGCCAUCCUGUCGAAGUGGCUGUAGCCACGCCUGCUCCAGUGAAGAGGGGAGGCCACCGCAGGGUGCUGACACAGGCAGCCUGGCUGCCGCCCGCUUCAUUAGGUACAUGCACUCUUACUCUCUCCCGCCUAGAGAGACGGGUCGCGCAGGCAGCUGUGGCUGUUGUCUUGAGGCGGGCGGCUGGGCUGGGGCCAGCCGUGCUGACAGGCACAUCACUAUAACUAUUAGGAAGAGGAGGCAAGAGCAGGAGCAUCCCAUGCUCUGCCAGCUGCUGACCUCCAGACCCAGGCCAGCCCGUUAUCGGGCCCACCUACAAAUGCCCAGUGUGUCCCAGACAGACAAGCAAGAUCCGCUCAAAACACCUCCUAGAGACAAAGGGUGGGAUGGGCACAUAGUGAAAGAUAGUCAGGGACAUCAGAUAGUAAAGCCAGUUCCACACCUCCAGGAACCUAGACAAGCUAACUCAUCAGAUCUUGAACUUUCAACCUUGGUUGACAUGGAUUUAGAAUGUUUGUUAAUGCAAUUUGAGCAGGAUAUAGGACGAUCUAAAAUUAAAAUGGGGCAAAAUGGGGUGGAUGUUCAUGAUGAUUUCUUAGGCAGCCCCCUGUCAUUCCCAGGGGGCUUGCCAAGUCCACUCUUCCAAGACUCCUUAGUUCCAGAGCACACUCCCUCCACCAUACAAGAGCAGAACCCACACAGACAGGCAGACUGCAAGCACCCCGAUGACCAGGUUCCACCACCGUUAGCCAAACCAACCACCUUGCCACUUCCUUUGACCCCAGAGUCUCCAAAUGACCACAAGGGAUCUCCAUUUGAGAACAAGACCAUUGAACGCACAUUGAGUGUGGAGAUCUCUGGAACCCCAGGUCUGACACCUCCUACCACACCUCCUCAUAAAGCCAGUCAAGAGAACCUUUUCAAAGUAUCACUCAAAACCAAGCUGUCUUCAGCGUCUUCAGCCCUGAUGAACAAGAAGGCCAAGCUGAGCAAUGGAAGCCCUAGCUCUCUUCCAUACAGUAGCUCCAGCAGGAUGGCCCAUGAGAAGUCUGAGCUUUAUGCCCAGCUGAGCAAGGCAUCCUCUGCCCUGCCUCUGGGAAACUUAGAAGAGUGCCGGGGCAAGCGGCCUACGCCCCGUGUGUUUGGUGAUCAUGAUUAUUGCCAGGCCUCAAGCACAAAACGAGACAAUGGCACAUCGGCUGCCACAAUCACUGGGCCUGUAGAGGGCCGGCAUGUGGAACCUAAAGACUCAACCAUGCCAGCCUUCUCUAAUCUCACAUCCUCUUUGUCUUCCACCAGUCCCUUAUCUUCCUCUCUGGCAAGGCAGCUGCAGGGUCUUUCCCCCAUGGUUCAGGAGGCUUGUCCAGACAAGGAAGCUCAGGGGCAGGACAACGGUCCUGCACUGGGUGCCAAAACUUCUAAAGAGUGCAUCUCUGCUGGCAGGAAGCUGCUGCGAGACCAGGAGAUACGGGAAGAGCUCAAUAAGCACUUUGGUAACCCCCAGCAAGCCUUUUUUAGUGAGACUGAGCAGAGUGAGUUCCAGCCACUAGAUGAAAGUGACUCUGGGGAUGAGAACUAUUACCCUUUUGAGGCCUACAUGGACACGGGCCUGACUGACUUUGAGGACCUAGAAGUGGGCCGUGAGCGUCUUCUUUGCUCUUGGGAAGGGACUCCACUGGAGAUGCUCUUUGAAGGUUCACCACCCUGUUCCCCAUCCAGCAGCUUGCCUUCCCAAAGCUCGGUCUCACCACCCUCAACUCUGCUUUCACCACUGCACUUCUACAACAUGCAGUCUGGGUCACGCUCUAGAUCCCGCUCCAGGUCUUCCUCCCGCCACAGAUACAGAUCCCUCUCCAGGUCUCCUUACUCCUGUUCCCAAUCCCCAGAUAACUGCUCCCCCUCUUGGUCUCAUCGUACUGUUGAUAAGAGCACUUUCAAAUCCAGGACUAUUAGAACUCCUCAGUCUGACUCUCACUCUGGUCUCGCUCAGAGGCCCAGGUAUGACAGCUAUGAAGAAUACCAGCAUGAACAGCUGCAGAGGGAGGAGUACCAGCGGGACUAUGAAAAACGCGAGGUAGAGAGGGCAGAACAGAGGGAGAAACAACAAAAAAGAGCAAUAGAGGAGAGGCGGGUUUUGUACGUUGGACGUCUCCGGGCUGACAGCACACGCUCCGAACUCAAGCGGCGCUUUGAAGUUUUUGGCGAGAUCGAGGAGUGUGCCAUCAACUUGAGACAUAAUGGGGACAAUUUUGGCUUUAUCACCUACCGCUACACUUGUGAUGCCUUCGCUGCCCUUGAGAAUGGACACACCUUGCGCAGGCCGAACGAGCCUCAGUUCAAGCUCUGCUUCGGUGGACAAAAGCAGUUCUGCAAAUCCAAUUACACAGACCUGGACUCUCAUUCUGAAGACUUUGAUCCGACUUCAACUAAAAGCAAAUAUGACUCGAUGGAUUUUGACAGCUUGUUGCACGAGGCCCAGUGUAGCCUGAGAAGGUAACGAGCUCCACCACACCUGCUGGCUGCAAAGCGAGGGAUUUGUGAUACCUCACUGCUGUUUCGCUCCUCUCAAUACGAGACUAUAGAGGGGAAAAUAUAUAUAAAGAUAUAUAUAUAUAUAUACAUGUGUAUAUAUAGAAAGAACAUAUAUGUGUAUCUAAAAGCAAAGUUUACAUGAACAUUGCUGCUGCAAAGACAUUACCUUUGGGGAUUAGCCAAUAAACCUUUAGAGGAGUGCACAAAGAUGUGCCUGUGCUGUGCUGCUGUAUGAGACAGUGAUCUCCAUUGGAUUGUUUUCUUCAUGCACUGCUCCAAUCUCAGCGCUUUGAGGGGUGAAAACAUGCAGCCUGUUCAGUCAGUUUUUAUUUUUAUUGAUUUGUACUUUUUCUGCCUUUUUUUUUUCUUUUUUUUAUUGAAUCUAAUAUUUUGAUGUGGUGUUACAAUGUUGUUGAGUAUGGGAUUAGUAGCGUCUUCAAGGUAAUAUUGUCUACAUUUGGGGGGGGAGAAAUGAUAUAAACAAAUAUUUACAGAUAUUAAAUGGAAUAUUUUUUAUUUUGUGUACAUAUCAAGGCAAAGUUCUUUAUUUGUUACAGCUAUGCACUGUAAAACGCAGCCUUUAUAAGACGGAGUUUUUCCUAAUCGAGAAUGUCAAUCUGUAGUCAUUACAGUGACACAUAACCAACAUGGCGGUUAUGUGGAGUGAUUGUAAAAAAAAAAAAGAAGAAAAUGAAUAAGAAAUUGUCUGUGGAGAUUAGGUGCUCUUCAGGGGGAGCAUGUGAACAGAUUUUUAGACUUUUGUUUUAAAAAUGUCAUUAAUCAUGUAUAGUUUCAUCUUUACGCUUUCUCAGUGUUUUCCUUACACAACCUAUGUAUGGUACAUUUGAAUAUUUUUAUGUCCAUUACUGUGUACAAGCAUAAGAUUUUUUUUUUCUCUGAAGGAAACACUAACUUUUUAAUUGAUUACUUUGUGCACACUAAUAAUUUUUAUGAUUGCUUUUAUAAUAAUUCAAUAUUACUAAUAUAUGAUUGCUCUUCUACAAAGAUAAAUUCAUGUACUCAUGUUCAUGAGGAAGAAGUGUAUUUAUUUCAGUAUUUUGAUCAAAAUAUUUAUGGUUGACAUCUACUAUGAUGCGCCUUACAAAUUUUACUAUUUAUAUUGUUGUUUGACUUAUUUAACAUUCAUAUAUCGAAAGACGCAGAGGUUCUACAGAAAUAUUGAUUUCUCAGCCUUUUAGAAAGAUUUAUGGUCACCAGAAGGUACAUGAUUUUGUUUUCCACCAUCCACGGCCAUUUUUAAUGUUUUUUUUUUUUUUAAAAAAACAUUUUCUUUUUCUAAAGCACAUAAAGCAAUAAAACUAAUUUAGCAGGUAUGUCAUCACACCACAAUAAAUCUGUCUCAUUGCUCCUCAUACACUUGGUUAUGUGAAUGCCAAAAUAAAGUUUACAGUUUUCUUUCCAGAAUUUUUAACAAACCUUUACUUGAUAAAAAAAAAAAAAAAAAAUCUAUGACAUUAAUCUUCACGUUAUUCACUGUAAUAAUUAUAAAGAGAUGAAUAGUAAUAAUGAAAGACAAAAUGUGUAUAAAAAAGUUUAAAAAAAAAAAGCAAUAAAUUAUUUUUCACAGUUGUCUUUUAGCUGAAGCUGUAUAGUUUGACCUGACCUGGUACCCAAACUCAUUCCAUUAUCACACUACACCUGAGCAUCAUAUGCAGUGUACAGGGGAAACUAAAAGAUAGAAAAAGAAAAAAAAAUAUCUAAAGUGAGAAAUAUAUUGCAUUACUCCUGACAGACGGGCAACUCAGUACCACGUGUCUGCUUCUGGCUGAAUGUGUGUUGGAGAUUACGGCUGCUCUUUGAACAUUACAGCGAAUGAGAAAAGGCUUAUUAUACCAGUCUUUUUAAGAACUCAGAAUAACAUGAGAGACAUGAUUAAAAGCGUGGGCCUGUCUGAAUAUCGCACUACCUUCCUAGUGACACUUAGGGUUAGCUUGCGGUUUCUAGUUCAAUUAAUAUCUAGCUUCUUUUCAAAAGAGCCCAACUAUCUUUGUAUUAAUAUCAACAGGUCACGUUACACCUUUUCUGAAAUAUGACUGCGUAGAUGAGUCUACAAAAAGAGGCAAUAUCACAAGGGAUGAAAUUAAAUAUUGAAAAAAAAAAAAGAAGAAGAAAAUCUUUCCUUGUCCUGUCUAGUAUGUUCUUUCUGUACAGAGCUUGGGUAAUGGUGUCAUGUCUCAUUUGAUAUGUGGCUUUAAUCAUUGUGAUAUUUGAAAAAAAAAAAAAAAAAAGCUUUGUAAAUGGCAAAAGUAGCAAUAUAUUGCAAUCCCCAGUGGGUUUUUUUUGACUGUGUGGCUUUUUACCAAUGUGAACUACUGAGGGAUUUCCCACUGCUGUACAAAACUGUUUCUUGAUGAUCAUGUUGAUUUUGGAAGGAUAAGAUGUGUUUGUGUGUGUAUACGAAUGCAAGUGUAUGUGUGGGGUUAUAUCGGAUUGUAUUCUCGGGGUGGGGUUGAGGUCGGGCAGGGGUAGAGGAGAAGGGUGUUGAUUGUUACCUUUCUUUUUUGUCCCCUAUCCAUGUUGCCUUCUGCUGAGUCCUUACCAAUGCCUUUGUGGUUUUACCUAAUGUACAAUUUUCUUGUGAACUUUAUUUUUUAUGUGCAAUUCUCAUCAGUCUCACCAUGCCAAUAAAGGGAAAUGUGUUUUAAAGAAA